AUGGAAAUAAUAUACAGGUGUACAGGAAAUGAUGUGCUUAUUUUCUUAAAAAGAUGCAAAAUAUUGCAAGGAAAAUGCCUUCACCACGAACCUCUUCGUUCAGCCGUGAUGCUUGAACAAGCAUCUUAUUGCUGUUACCUUACAAUUGCAGGAAGGGUAGAAAGGUCAAUAAAUAAUAAAGUAGCAUGGGAGUGUGGUGAAGUGUUAAGGUUAGAGGCUUUUGAUCCUAGCAUUCGUGAGGAGUUAGCAACUUAUACAAAAUGUGAAUGUUCUAAACUCUUAAGAAGCACCCAUGAGGGUUUCGUUAAAUUUCUUGGACCAUACUACAUGUUGCUAAUUACACAAAGAAGGGCAAUUGGCUCAAUUGACACAAAAAUAGAUACAAGAAGCUACUAUGCACGGUGGAUCUUACAAAGGACUUCUUUUUUCUGUUAUUCGGCUGUACAAAAUUGUGGAUUUGUACCACUUUUUAGUCAUAAGGAACUCUACGCUUGAAUAUUAAACCAUAUAUAAUGUGUAUGGUUAAUCGGUUUCUUUUAAUUAGUAUAUGUUGUUUGCUAUAAUCUGUUAAAUCACAUUAAUCUUUUAGUAUUAAGGAAUGACCAAAACUAUGAAGCUACCAGACUUCAUUUCAAAAUCUUGC